AUGUUUUGCAGGGAAGGUAGAAGCAGACGGUUUGCUUUUAUUGGAUUUCGUACCGAGCAAGAAGCUCAAGAAGCUAUUAAGUACUUCAACAAGUCUUUUCUUGAUACCUCUCGGAUCUCUGUUGAGAUUGCUCAUGAAGUCGGAGAUGAGAAUGCUCCCCGUCCGAAGAGUCGUCAUUCACUCAAGAAUGUUGGAAAAGUUAAUCAAAACAGUGAAAAGUCUUAUAAUAGAAGCUUAAGAAAAAUAGACAAAAAGAUUAAGAAGAAACCAGAGGAUGAUGAUCCUUUGUUCUCAGAGUUUCUUGAGGUUAUGCAGAGAGGCACAUCGAGAUUCUGGUCCAAUGACAUGUCGAUUGCUCCUACCGCUCAAGCAACCCCCAAAGAGAAAGUCUUGGCGAAGAAUGAUGAUGCUGAUCUUGCGGGGAAUGAUGAUGUAGAAGCUGACGCAGACAGUCAUGAUGCUGACAUUGAUGAUGUUCUUCAAACUGGUCGCCUUUUCGUCCGUAACUUGCCUUACACUGCAACAGAAGAAGAGCUAAUGGAACAUUUUAGCAAAUUCGGUGAGAUAUCAGAGGCCCAUCUUGUUCUUGACAAGGAGACAAAACGGUCCAAAGGAUUUGCCUACAUCCUUUUCCUCAUUCCUGAAUCGGCGGCUAGGGCAAUGGAGGAUUUAGAUAAAUCAACUUUCCAGGGCCGGUUGUUGCAUGUAAUGCCAGCCAAGCACCGUGAAAAACAAGUGAAUGAGGCUUGUAAUCUGCCAAAAACAUUGAAGCAAAAGAGGGAGGAAGAAAAAAAGGCGUCUGAAGCUGGUGGAAAUACAAAGGCUUGGAAUAGUUUAUUCAUGUGUUCUAAUACUAUUGUAGAACACACUGCGAGAGUGUAUGGUGUAAGAAAGAGUGACUUACUUGACCGUGAAACUGAAGAUCCAGCUGUACUCGUUGCUUUGGCAGAAACAAAAGUGAUUGCGGAGACCAAAGAAGCACUUGCUAAAGCUGGAGUCAAUGUCACUUGUUUGGAAGAAAUUGCUACAGGGAAAGGUGAUAAGAAGAAAAGAAGCAAACAUAUUCUCUUAGUAAAGAAUUUGCCAUUUGGUUCCACUGAAAAGGAACUUGCUCAAGUGUUUGGAAGAUUUGGAAGUCUUGACAAAAUUAUCUUUCCUCCGCCGAAGACGUUGGCCUUGGUUGUUUUCCUUGAACCAGCUGAAGCAAAAGCAGCUAUGGCGGGAAUGGCAUACAAACGUUACAAAGAUUCUCCCCUGUUUCUGGAGUGGGCGCCUGCAGAUAUUCUUGAGCCAAAAACACUUGCUCCUGUUUACAAUGAAUUGAAUAGUGACGUUAGAGAAACUGAUACCAAUGUUGUUUAUGUUACGAAUCUGAGCUUCAAGACAAGUGAUGAGAGUUUGAAGAAGCAUUUGACUCAAGUGGUGAAGCAAGGAAAUAUUCAGAGUGUCAAGAUAAUAAAGCAUGUAAAGGAUGGGAAGAAGGUUUCAAAGGGUUAUGGAUUUGUAGAAUUCGACUCUAUAGAGACUGCUACCAGUGCCUUCAGAGAUGUACAGGGAACUGUUCUGGAUGGGCAUGCUUUGACCUUGAGGUUUUCUGAAGACGAGCCUGUUGUGAAAGGUUCAGACAAGGACAAGAAAACUUGUACUAAGUUAGUUGUGAGAAAUCUACCUUUUAAUGGGGUAGAUAAGAAACAACUAAGAAAGCUUUUCAGCCCAUUUGGACAGAUCAAGGGUGUUCGGCUUCCAACGCGUGAUUCUACCGGACGGUUUGCAGGUUUUGGUUUUGUUGAAUUCAUGACAAAGCAAGAAGCUUCAAACGCUAAAAAGGCAUUGUCAAGCACCCAUCUCUACGGACGCCGUUUGGGGAUCGAGUAUUCCAACGAUGACACUAGCUUGGAAGCUCUCCGGGAUCGUUCUGCUGCUAAGUACUAUAAGGAUCAAGAAAAAGCUAAUCCAAAGAGAAGGAGAAUAGCUUAUUAA